AUGACUCGUCAUUACCUAACGAUAUUUAAACGACAAAGAUCACAUUAUAUAUCUUGGAAUAUUUUAUUCCUCUGGGGAUUUGGAUUAUGGAUAGCUCUGUGUACAAGUAAUUUGUAUCACUCUGAUAUUUUGGCACAAGAAGCUGUAUUAUUUUAUCAGCAAAAUUCAGAUCUUGGAAUUGCAUGUAACAUUUCAACAAACACAGAAACUAUGGAAGAUAUAUUAUACAUUAUGGCAACAGAUUAUACUUUGAACAACACAACACUAAUCUUAAGGGCCAUGCUUAAUCAUAUUCAUAUUUUUGCAUUCAUAUGCUUUGUGGUACUUUCUAUAUUCAUGCAAGAACGUAUUAGGAAAAAGAUAGAAGUAUGGAAUAAUAUGUAA